UCUGAACGCAUGAUCACUCCUCAGACCUCGGUCCCGUGCAGCACGGGGGCGGUGGGACACUCGACCCCCUUGCUGCGAUGUUUCUGGAAUUACCUUCACAUGACAAAUCAAGACGCCAUAUCUGGGGAAAUAAUCAGGUCCCCGCUGCUCUCGGCGUGAAAAAGCCCAUUAGAGAACAACACUGUCACCGUUAAUUACCGCAGUGGCCUUUUGUGCGCGCUGGCGGAGGCUGUGUAACACAACAAACCCACAAAAUCAACACUUUCCCGACUGCUAAACGAUUUAGGGAGCUUACGACUCGGUGAGGAGUUUGACAACUUUUGUUGUUGUUGACUUUGUGGAGCUGAGGGAUAUUUCACCACGUGAUAUGUGACCUUUAUGGAAUAUUUAAAAAAUAUUUAUCCGUUAUUCUGCAAGAUUUUAGUGAGUUUUAUUCCUCUGUCACAGCUGAAGAAACGACGUUUGUUGGUCUUGUUGGGGUAAAUUAGGAUUUUGUUGAAACCAGUCUAUUAGAAAAGAUCAUUACAUGCACACUGGACAGCUGACCCAGGACUGAUUACAAGGCAGUGCAUAAAACGGUUGGUAAACUAUGACCUCUAGUCGACCAUCCGAGGUUAAAACAAUAAAAUCUGAAAUUAUAUUUUCAGACAAAUCAUCAAUUUUUAUUUCAUGUCAUAUUGGCUCGAAAAUCUACUGGAACUAGACAGUUUAGACGAAUACACACAUAAUUUCUUCCCCCUCAAACAUCCCCUCAAGACAUGGUGUAUGCUCUGCUUUGAAAAGUAAUUUAUGGUACAGUAAAUAUGCUUUUCUCUUCAGAAAAAGUUCAAGUAUCCUGUUGAAAACUUGAAGUAUUGGACCUGUAUUGGCUUCAUAAUGAAAUCUUGUUCAUUUGUCAUGAGUCUUAAACUCAGAUUUAAGGUGAGCACAGAAAAACAUUCCUCCUUCAGCACAUGAAUGUGAAAACUAUUUUCCAGCACAGUGAAGGUCAAACAUCAAGAAUGAAGCACCAAAACGUAAAAACUACAAAUUCCUCCCCUCCCCAUCAUAAAGCUGCACUUAUCGUUUAAACGAUAAAACUGUUUGACUGAAUAAAGAAGGUUGUAGAGCUGAUUAAACUUAAUUUUUUGUGUGUAUAUUAACUAUAGGUUUAUUAUUCCUGGACGCACAAGAUGCAGAAGAUGUUAUUUCCACGGGGGACACUGAUGUGGAUUCACUUUAUAUCACAAACAACCGCUCCUGUCGGUCAAACCCAUCCUAAUCGACCACCGUCCAAUCAGAGAGCGCCUUACUUCUUCCCAGACUUUUGGGACCAAUCAGGGCCGGCCCUUCAUCUUUCACCGCUCCCGCUGAGGGGAGGGGAUAUGACCUUAUUUGGCAGUUAUGACCUUAUAUGGAGCACCGCCAGGGGGGCAGCCGUAUGAGGCAGCCUGCUAGUGACACUUUCCCCAAAUUGUAGCUUUGACUCUCGGAGACGGGACAGCCAGUCGGAGGGUGAAGUCGGUAACACUCGAGCGGCAAAGAUUUGUCCUGCGCUGAGACUGUUUUCUGUUUCAGCUUGUUCCUUCACGGACGAUCACCCAGAAGCAGCACUGAGGAUAUUUCGGCGGUGUGUUGGGUAAAUAAAGAUCAGAGCGCACACACUGACGUCGCGAUCCAGAAGCUCGCCGCGGCGCGCAACAACAAGAGGAACCAGGAUUGAACCACUCUCCACGGGACGUUUCCAAGAGCAAACUGGGACUAAAGAAAACCUCCACGUGAAAUGCGGUCAGUAUUAAAUCCAGCUUGUCAUUCAAGAGACAGAAUUAAUCUUGAGUGAAUCCAAAUGCAGCGUUGAGCGCGACCGAGUGAGAGGCGAAAUAUUGUUGUCUGUCAUAUCCUCUGUUGUUUUUCCCUUUUUCAAAUCCCAGAGGCGAGCGGUGACUCAGAUAAGGGUUUAUUUUUACCGCCUACACACUGACUUAUUGGACUGACUUUUCCAAGAGGUUACACUCUGAAGAACAACGUGUUUAUGGAUUGCUGCGCAGCGAGGAGCACCGGGAGUUGUAGGCUACGCUCUUGUGCAUCGAUCAUGUUGAUACCUCGCUGUUGCUGUAAACUUUGAUAGAUGUUUACAGAGAGAACUCAGUGAUAUAGACCAGCGCUUUGAAUAAAUACACUCAGAUAAACUCAGAUUGACCCCGGAGAAGGUGGGAAGCGCUUUUUUUCCCUCCCUUUCUCGUCUUCUUUUUUCCUCCCAAGACGUCAGAACGGAUCUCUAUCACCGUAGUCUGACUCCUUCUGUGAUUUAAACAAAGACCAAAGUGUUUGGGGAUAGCAUGGCAAUGGUAGUAAACCAGUGGCCAGAGAACAUUUCUGCAGAUCCGGGGUCUCAGCUCCAGAUUUGCGGCCAAGAGCCCGGCGGGGCACCGGGGACACCCAACGGUUCCACCCCGGGGAACGACGCACUUUCCGGGGACAAGAUCCCCAACGUGGACUGCAUGGUGUGCGGGGACAAGUCCAGUGGGAAGCAUUACGGUCAGUUCACCUGCGAGGGAUGCAAAAGCUUCUUUAAGCGCUCGGUGAGGCGGAACCUCACUUACACCUGCCGGGGGAACCGAGACUGUCCCAUCGACCAGCACCACCGGAACCAGUGUCAGUACUGCCGGCUGAAGAAGUGCCUCAAAGUCGGCAUGAGGAGAGAAGCUGUACAAAGAGGGCGCACAUCAAACUCCCAGAGCAGCCCGGGACAGUACCUGACCAAUGGCACCGACCCAUACAACGGUCAACCCUACCUAUCCGGCUUCAUCUCUCUGCUGCUGCGUGCAGAGCCCUACCCGACAUCUCGCUACGGGGCCCAGUGCAUGCAGGGAAAUAAUCUGAUGGGCAUCGAGAACAUCUGUGAACUGGCGGCCAGGCUGCUGUUCAGUGCUGUAGAAUGGGCCAAGAACAUCCCCUUCUUCCCUGACCUGCAGCUCAUGGAUCAGGUGGCACUGCUGCGCAUGUCAUGGAGCGAGCUCUUCGUCCUCAAUGCGGCCCAGUGCUCCAUGCCGCUUCACGUGGCCCCUCUGCUUGCAGCGGCCGGCCUGCACGCCUCGCCCAUGUCAGCAGAGCGUGUGGUGGCCUUCAUGGACCACAUCCGCGUCUUCCAAGAGCAGGUGGAGAAGCUGAAGGCCCUGCAGGUCGACACGGCUGAAUAUUCCUGCCUCAAGUCCAUCGUGCUCUUCACAUCCGAUGCUAUGGGCCUGUCAGACGUCGCCCAUGUGGAGAGCAUCCAGGAGAAGUCUCAGUGCGCCCUGGAGGAGUACGUAAGGAACCAGUACCCCAGCCAGCCAAACCGCUUUGGACGCCUCCUCCUCCGCCUGCCGUCCCUGCGCAUUGUCUCCUCUCCGGUCAUCGAGCAGCUGUUUUUCGUGCGCCUGGUAGGCAAGACACCCAUCGAGACACUGCUCCGCGACAUGCUGCUCUCGGGCUCCAGCUACAACUGGCCCUACAUGCCCACCGUGCAGCGCGAGCGGCCCAUCUCCCUCCACUACAAUGAGAACGGGCCAUGAGGAGAAACAUCCAUCUGAAUACACUUAUCCAUCCACCUUUACUUCUCUUCAUUCUCUGCAUUCAACUUCUCAGCUUUCCCAGAGGAAGCAUCUUCCUUGCCAUUCCGCACAAAAAUCCGCACUGACGGUACAAUCUGUCACUGUCCCGGUUACACAAGCCAGCCAAUCAUUCACCGUGGCCAUUGCAGAAACUUGGUGGCCCCGCUGCAGUCCCUGACUUGAUGGUGUAGUCUACAUUUGAGAUGUGGCAUGAGAUGGACAGGUUGGUAGAACGGGUUAUUGCACAGUUCACCAGCGGGUCUGUUGGACUCACUUCAGAUGUCAGUCUCAAACCCCGAGCAAACAGGGGCGGCAAAAGACAAAACAUUUGCUCUAUCGUUGGUGCUGUUCCUACACUUAAAGAGGCUGUAUACAAGCAUCCCAGUAUGGCGAAUACUGAAUAAGGGCUUUGCCAAUGGGACUCUACAACCAAGAGCACAAGGCCUGAUGUAUAUUUACCAAUUUUUGAAAACAAAACCAGAAGCCAUUAAAAAAAAAAAGACAAAUGCCAAAAUGUCUUGGACUUUUGCAGAGGACGUUUUAUUGUGUGUGUUUGUAUUAGCACUGUUUAUAUGGAGAGAAAACUCAUGAUUGUGUCCAUAUGUACAGUAUAUCGUUGAUUCAUAGGCAUCUAUAGCAUAUUAGGGUUCAAUGGGAAAAGCUCAGGUUCAAAGGGUGGGUAGACAGACAGACAGACAGACAGACAGACAGACAGAUAGUCAUGCCAAUAUCAGUACAAGUAUAAAAAAGAUGAACCCAGCUAAAUUUACACUUAUCAGCAGCCUGUGCCAAAGCUGAGAAACGCAUAUAGUUAAGAUUAUUUUUGCGGUAGUGUUGGUGAUGAAAUUUUAAUGUUUGGUUUGUCUAUAAUUUGACUAUAUACUUUUUUUGGGUCUCAGGGGGAGAGAAGGAAUUUGUAAAAGAGAAAUACAAAUAAAAGCUUAGGCACUUGCUUUAUAGUCAGAACCUACACUUAUUCACUCCUGUAAAAUCCCAGCACUGGUAGAUUCUUGCUACCCGUCCAUCAUUUGACCGAUCGAGCGUUUUACUUAUUCAAAAAGCCCAAAAUUCAAAUUCUAACUCCUGACAUGAUGCUAUCACAGGAGCGACACAACUCAUCCUCAUUGUUGUUUUUCAGUCAUGAUUGUCAAUAUUGGACCUUUUGGACUGGGGUGGGGGGCAUUUUACAAAACUAGCUGUACUUGCCUUAGAACAAAGAUUUUGUCACUGAACAUUUAUCUUAUGACUGUGCCAUAAUCUCUCGUUACCUGUUAUAACAGGUAUUAUGUCCUGUCAGGAGAGGAAAUGAACUCAUAUGAUGUAAAAAUGAAAACAUGUGCACAUAAAGUCACAGAAAAGCGAUGCAAAACAUUUUUUUUUAAAUGCAUCAACUUAUAAUAUCAAGAAAAAAAUCUUGUGAGAACAGAUAGUUCUGCUUUAACAUCAUUAGCACUUUCAUUUUUUAGACCUCAUGCAAGUUCUUUUCCACUUCCUGAUGAUGUUGUCAUAUAGGGAAAACCCCCUCGACUCAUGUCAUUUGAGCUUAUCGUACCGAUACUGUAGAGAAAUGUAUCACUAACCUCUGAAAACCUCAGUCUAUGUUACAAUAUUAUCCCAGUUGGACUUAUGACUGUGACCUAGCUUAGGACUAUUUGAAGUUGUUUUUUUUUUUCUUCCCGUUGGUGGAAGCGAGUUUGUUUUGACAACCUGUCUCACAUUUCCAACAUGGCACUGUGCUAUCAAUGUCAAGUCAUCUGGGACCUUAGGAAGCUGUCUGUUGAUUAAUGAAUUCACAGAAUAUGAGUUUGUUUUUAGCCCCUCUACUUUUGUUUGAAAAUAUGGAUUAUCCAUUAACUGAAAUAAAAUUCUGUUGUUCACAGUAA